UUUUUUCUCCACAUUUCGCUUUCUUGCACUCCUUCUUCUUCUUCGUUUGAUCUCUCUCUCUCUCUCUCUCUCUCUCUCUCUUUCUGGGGAUUCUUUGGGGGUGAUCUGGGAGGACACAGUGAUGGCGGAGGUGGAGGUGAAGGAUGUGUCUUGCUGUGCUGGCGGUGGUGGUGUUGGUCCGGGCUAUGCGACGCCGUUGAAAGCCAUGUCUGGACCUAGAGAAACGAUCCUUUAUGUUACUUGUGUUUAUAAUGGCACUGGAAUCGAGAAGCCUGAUUUCUUAGCAACAGUAGAUGUUGAUCCUAACUCUGCAACUUAUUCAAAAGUUAUCCAUAGGCUGCAUAUGCCUUACGUUGGUGAUGAGCUACAUCACUCUGGUUGGAAUUCCUGCAGCUCUUGCCAUGGGGACCCUUUGGCAGCUAGGCGCUAUCUCAUUCUACCUUCAUUGUUGUCAAGUCGCAUAUAUGCUGUUGACACUGCAAGCAAUCCAAGAGCUCCAUCUGUACAUAAGGUUGUUGAUCCCACUGAUAUUGUUCAAAAGACUCAACUAGCAUAUCCUCAUACUUCCCAUUGCCUUGCGUCUGGUGACAUUCUGGUGUCUUGCCUCGGAGACAAAGAUGGAAAUGCAAAAGGGAGUGGCUUCCUCCUCCUCGAUUCAAAUUUCAAUGUUAAAGGAAGAUGGGAAAAGCCAGGCCAUAGCCCAGCCUUUGGCUAUGAUUUCUGGUACCAACCUCGACACAAGACCAUGAUUAGCUCAUCGUGGGGUGCUCCUGCAGCUUUUAGUAAAGGCUUCGACCUCCAGCAUGUAUCUGACGGACUCUAUGGACAGCAUUUGUAUGUAUACAGUUGGCCUGAUGGCGAACUGAAGCAGACAUUGGACCUUGGCAGCACUGGACUCUUGCCAUUAGAGACUCGGUUUCUUCAUGAUCCUACCAAGGCUAUCGGCUUUGUGGGGAGUGCUCUGAGCAGCAACAUGGUGAGGUUUUUUAAGACCUCAGAUGAAUCUUGGAAUCAUGAGGUUGUGAUAAAAGUGAAACCACUUAAAGUGCGCAACUGGAUUCUCCCUGAAAUGCCUGGUCUGAUAACUGAUUUCCUUAUCUCGCUUGAUGACCGUUUCCUCUAUUUUGUCAAUUGGCUCCAUGGGGAUGUGCGGCAAUACAACAUUGAGGAUCCUGGAAAGCCCGUUUUGACUGGCCAAGUAUGGGUGGGAGGACUUCUUCAGAAAGGAAGUGAAGUGGUAUAUGUUACGGAAGACGGAACUGAAUCACAGUUUGAUGUUCCUGAGAUACAGGGCUAUAAGCUUAGAGGAGGGCCACAGAUGAUCCAGUUGAGCUUGGACGGGAAGCGGCUUUAUAUCACUAACUCACUUUUCAGUGAAUGGGAUAAGCAGUUCUACCCUGAGCUGACCAAGCAAGGUUCUCACAUGUUGCAAAUCGACGUUAACACCGGGGAAGGAGGGCUUUCUGUUAACCCAAACUUCUUUGUGGAUUUUGGAGCUGAACCUGAUGGACCAUCUCUAGCUCAUGAAAUGCGAUAUCCCGGGGGUGAUUGCACUUCUGAUAUAUGGAUAUAAAAGGGAUGAGUUCACCAUACAAUAAUGCAGAAAUCUGUGGUUUAUCUGCAGCAAAAGUACAGGUUCACUCCCAACUCUUUACCAGCAGCUAUUAUGUUACUUGUGUUGAAUCUACAAUAAAACCAGGGCAAUAAAGCUAUGUUAACAAUGUAUGUCUGACAUUAAGCCUUGAUUUAAAUAUAAAGUUAUUUCAGCUA